AUGGUCCGAGUCAAGCACCGGCACUUGCUGAUCCGCUUUUAUCCCGAGCCGUCCGACACGGCGGUGGCUCCUUUCUCGGCGGUCCUGCCGCACCAUGUGGCGGCCUAUGUGCGAGACGCGGUGGCGGGUCUCUUCGGCGACCCGGGGCAAUCAGCCAUCACGGCCGGGGCCAAAUCGAUGCCCGUGUCGACGCUGCCGGCUGGCGUGCCUGCCGGUGGCAAGGGCCCCUCGCUGCUCUACUGGAAUCCCGGGACUGGCAGGGCCAUCGUGCGAGUGGCACGCGAAGCCGCGGCCCCAGUGCGCGCGGCCAUCACCCUGGCCGCGCCAAUGCACAUCACCUCGAGCAAUGGAUCCAAGGUGUUUUGCACACCCCGGGUAGUGCACAUUGGCGGCACUCUCAAGAGCCUGCUACAGGCGGGUCGGGAGCACUUGCACCUCAGACGCACUCUCAAGAGCCUGCUACAGGCGGGUCGGGAGCACUUGCACCUUGAGCAAUUGGCCAUCAUCGAGUGA